CCCCUUCAAUAAUACAACUAAUCCACAAUCUCUAAAAUUAAUUAAUUUCAUUUAAUAAAUCCAUUCAUCCAUUAAUUGAUUAAUCAAAACGAAUUAAGAGUGUGAAAUUAAUCCUGUUGUUGUUUCUCCCGCUCUCUCACCGUCAUCUCAAAUCAAAGACUUCCAUCUCCUGUUUCUCUCUCUCACUUUCCUCUCCUCUCUUCAAUUUUUUAUUCAAUUGUUUAUUCAUUUCUCACUUAUUAAUGGAGCUGAAAAUUGAAAAAUACUGUUUUUUUCCAUUGAUCCUUUCUUAGAUUACUCUCUUUUUUCUCCCCACUUCCUUCUAGUUGCUUGGUUUCUUUCAUCAAAAGGAUUUGAUCUUUGGUUCAACUGAUGAUGGAUUUUUGAGCUGUUCAUCACUUCUGAAGACUUUCGGGGUUUCAUGUAAACUAGCCAACUUCUGCUUUAAAGUUCAGUCUUUUCUAUGAAGUUUUUUAGUGCCUUAUCUUAAGGGGUUUUUGCAUUGUAGAGGGAUGCAAAGAUCAAGAGCAAUCAAGAGGAAUGCUCUUGAAGAUCUUGAGUUAAGAUUAGGGCCAUCUUAUCCACACAAAGGAGACAUGCUGGGUAGAAAUUGUGUUAGGGGAUUCCCUAAUUUAAUCACUAUUGACGAUGAUGAAGAUGAUGAUGUGAUUAUGUAUUCUCAGAGUACUUCCACAGGGGAGAUUCCACUGUUUCCUAUUACAAGCUCAUGGGCACCUGUUGUUACAGAGGAAGAUUUAGAGCUUCGCCUUGGAUUUAGAGGACAUGCUGGGGCCAUCGUGCACAAUGCCGAGGGAAGAGGAGAACCUUCGCAAACUUGGAAGUGUGUCAAGACAAAGUAUGCACGCAUGACGGAGAUGGAAGGUGUAAAGUUGAGGUGCACGAUCUGCAUGGAUACAAUGAAGGAGGAGACAUCGACUCUUUGUGGGCACGUAUUUUGUAAAGCUUGCAUCGUGAAUGCUAUUAGAGUUCAGAAUAGGUGCCCUGCUUGCCGUAAGGAAGUCUCAUUGAACAAUAUUCACCGUAUCUAUCUACCAGGAGCUACUAUUUCCUGACGACUAGGGAAAUCUCUCACCCCCUGUAUUGAUGAUACAAUUCAUACAAAACUACCCCUGACUGCCUGACAACACCCAUACACAGGUUUUUAUUUUCUUUUUCUUUCUUUUCCCCUUUUUAGCAGCUGGUUCUGCUGACGAAGUUUUCUCAGAAAACAUCAGGGAGAAGGGACAUGAUUCACUCCACAGGCAUUAAAGAUGAAGAUGUGAUUUGGUUUUCACUUUCUUUCUUAUUAUGUAAGGGAAGAAUGCAUUUAAAUGUCUGAUGAAUUAGAAUGAGCUUUGAUUAAUUAAAGACAUUAACGAUAGUUUCCCCCUUU